AUGGACGAAAACUACGACGUUAUUGUCUUGGGAACAGGAUUGACCGAAUGCAUCUUAUCGGGUCUUUUAUCAGUUGAAGGAAAGAAGGUGUUGCAUAUCGACAGACAAGAUUUCUACGGGGGUGAGUCGGCAUCCCUUAACUUGUCGCAAUUGUAUGGCAAAUUCAAACCUUCAGCACAAAGACCUGAGUUGAAAGGAAGAGACAGAGACUGGUGUGUAGACUUGAUCCCGAAAUUCCUUAUGGCAAAUGGGGAAUUGACAAACAUAUUGGUGCACACUGAAGUUACUCGUUACAUUGAAUUCAAACAGAUUGCAGCAAGUUAUGUUUACAGAAGUGGAAGAAUUGCCAAGGUUCCAUCCAAUGCCAAAGAGGCAUUAAGCUCUUCAUUGAUGGGGAUUUUUGAAAAGAGGAGAAUGAAGAAAUUUUUGGAAUUCAUUCAAAACUAUGACGAACAAGAUUCGGCCACCCAUCAAGGCUUUGACUUGGACAAAAAUACGAUGAAUGAGAUUUACAACUACUUCGGAUUGGAGAGCGGCACAAAGGACUUUAUUGGGCAUGCAAUGGCACUUUGGUCAAACGAUGAUUACUUGAAUGAAGUUGCUAGACCUACGUAUGAGAGAAUUUUGUUAUACGCACAGUCGGUUGCCAAAUAUGGAAAGUCCCCUUACAUAUACCCGUUGUAUGGAUUGGGUGAGUUACCACAGGGAUUUGCAAGAUUAUCAGCUAUCUAUGGAGGAACUUAUAUGCUAGAUACACCGAUCGACGAAGUGUUGUUUGAAGGUGAGGGUUCAGAUAAGAAGUUUGCCGGUGUUGUUACCAAGGAGGGCACAGCCAAGGCUCCCAUUGUGGUUGCCGACCCCACUUACUUCCCUGAGUACGUAAAGAAGACUGGGCAAAAAGUAAUCAGGGCAAUUUGCUUGUUGGACCAUCCAGUUCCCAGCGUAGAUUUGGAUUCCUUGCAAAUCAUCAUUCCCCAGAACCAAGUUGGUAGAAAGAAUGAUAUUUAUGUCGCGGUUUUAUCAGAUGUGCAUAAUGUUGUCCCAAAGGGGCACUUCCUCGCUAUCGUAUCCACGAUAAUUGAGACAGAAGCGCCACAUGUGGAGUUGGAGCCUGCGUUUAAAUUGUUAGGCCCAAGAUUAGACACCUUGAUGGGUAUUGCCGAGUUAUAUGAGCCAAAUUAUGACGGAACAAAGAACGGUAUCUACUUGUCCAAGAGUUAUGAUGCCAGCUCUCAUUUCGAGUCAACUACUGAUGAUGUUAAAGACAUCUACUUUAGAAUCACUGGAAAGCCUUUGGUUUUGAAAAAGAGAGAGACCGAAGAGGACGAGUCAAACGUGAUUCCAUAG